GAGGGAGGAGACGGAGAGGAGGAGAGGGUGAGAGAGGGCCGCGGAGAAGUAAAAGCCAGAGAUGGCCAUGAUCGAGGUUACUGUGAAGACGCUCGACUCCCAGAGUCGUACCUAUGAAGUCGAAGAAGAGUUUACAGUCAAAGAAUUCAAAGACCACAUCUCCAGCUCGGUGAACAUCCCCGCUGACAAACAGAGGCUGAUUUACCAGGGCCGGGUGCUGCAAGAUGAGAAGAAAUUGAAAGAUUAUGACGUGCACCACAAGGUCAUCCACCUGGUGGAGCGGGCGCCACCGCAGACGCAACCCGCAGCCGGAGCCCCGUCUUCCGCCGGCACCUCCAUGCCCCACCCGGUGGGCCCGCGGGGGGCAACAGCCGGGCCCCACGACCGCAAUGCCAACAGCUACGUCAUGGUGGGCACCUUCAACUUGCCCGUCAACCUCCUCGAUCCUCAGCAGAUACAGCAAUCGGUGCAGCAGGUGAUGGCAGGUUUGGGCGAGGCUGGUCGGAGUACACGGGUCACAACAUCCACUGGGGGUGACGGAUCUUCGGUGGAUAUGCACAUCAAUGUGGAGCAGAGUCCCAUCCAGAGUGAGCCACGUGUUCGACUGGUGCUGGCCCAGCACAUGCUGAGGGACAUCCAGGGCAUCUUGAACAGGCUGGAGGGCCACGGCAACGGCGGCACUCAGGAGGCAGCGCCGGGCCCCGCGGACACCACCAGCCCAGCGGCAGAGCCGGUGCUUCCCACCGCUCCUCCGGCUGCCGGGGAGGCCAUGGAGACGUCUGGCACGGAGCCGCCGGCAGCCACGGCCGCCCUGGCGCCGGACCCACCAGCGGAGGGCGCGACCGACGAGGGCGCCACCGCGUCAGAGGGCGCCGAGCCGAGCCUGUCGUCCGCCACCACGCAGACCGAGGAAGCGGCACCUGGCCCCAAGUAAGUAGCCGCGUCCCUC